AUUAAAUUAAUUCAUUAAAUAAACAUAUUUGAAAUGUCAAAAAAAUGGAAAAUGAAUCGUCACUUCACUUCACUCUUCAUGUCACUUAAGUCAUCUUGUUCCCAGAACUCUCUUUCACUUAGGCCAAAGAAGAACUCAAAGAUAGCAUUUGAAAUCGUGUUUCAAAGAAGAACUCAAAGAUAGUUGAAAUCGUGUUUGUUGAUAGCGUUUGUUGAAAUCGUGGCAGCAACUAUUCCUGAACUGAACUGAAAUUAGUAGUUCUUGAAGGUUAGUCCUUUUUUCGUGUUGUCUAACCUUAGAAUUGAAUUUUUCAUCAGAAAUUAUCUAGGGUUUAGUUAAUAUUGACGUUAUUGUUGAUUUUGUUGACGUAAAAUUUGUUAGGGUUUGUCAAUAAAUUAGGGUUUUUGAGUUUUCAUAAUUUUGUCUUGUAAUUGCAACUUGUUACUGAUUGCGAUUUAUGUUUUAGUUGUAAGAACCAACUAUUUUCUUCAGUUCUCUUAUUGUGUACUGCUAUUGUGACAUAAUUUCAGGAAUGAGUGCUUUUACAUAUAUAACUAUGAGAUAUUACCAUGGUGGGAUUUUGAAUAGAAAGAGGCGAAAACCAUUAUAUGAGAGUGGAGAAAUCACUCACAUAUUCGAUGUCGAUAUUGAUAAGAUGUCUUACUUAGAACUAACUAAUGAUAUUAAGGAGUUGGGGUAUACUACAAGUUGCACAUUUUAUGUUAGGCCACCUAGAAAUGACUUUCUAUUAGAUAUACAAAAUGAUGAGGAUAUUUUUGAACUUUCACAAAGCUUUAAAGAUGGAGAUAUUGUUGAGGUCUAUGUUUGUCACAUGGUUGAUGAGUUUGGUGGCCCCAUUGGUUUGUUGGAAUACAUUCCUACCAAUAAGGAAUCUUUUGGUGCUUUUAAUAAAGAAGGGGACAAUGGGGACCAUGAAAGUGAGAGGGUUGGUGAUAUUAAUGAAAAUGAAAAUGAGUUUGAAGUUGCAACUACACAACCAGUAGCUGCAACUACUCAACUUGUAGCUUUUCAAAGUUCUCCAGUUGGUGACCCUGAGGUUGUUACACCUACUCAAACAUCAACUACUACUACUGCAACUGUUGAGCCUGAGACUGGUACACCUACUCAACCAACAUUUAAUCCAACUGAUGAAUCUGUUGUUGAGGAUGACUUUUCAGUGCUAGAUUCAGACCAAUCAACUGAAAAUAGUUCAGAUUCAGACCAUGAAGAUCUAUUCAAUGAAGGUGAUGAUGAAUAUGAAAGUGAUGUCCAUGAAGAAAUAUAAACUUAAGGGAUGAGAUGAGGUCAUACCAAAGGAGGAAGAGAACAGAAAGAGCACCAAAAGACCCUGAAGAAGUUCCAGUUGCUGAAGUUGGUCCAGAUGUGGGUUUUGAUGAGACUAAACGUAUUGAUAAAAACUUAAAAGGUAAAGUUGUUGGGGAUGAGCAUGUGUAUUGUAGUUCUGAUGCUUAUAGUGUUGAAACUGAUUCAGAUAAUGAGACAAGGAGGGAUAGUAAAAGAAUUGUUUUUGAUAAAACUGCUGAAAAGGUUAUGUGGCAGUUGGGCAUGGUAUUUGAGAGUAUGAAUGAUUUUAGGGAUGCUGUUACAAAAUAUUCACUUCAAAAAGGUGUUCAGUUAGAAAAGUUUACAAAUCACCCAAAAAAGGUGAGGGUUAGAUGUAGAAAGGGGUGUCCUUGGUUGUUACAAUCCAUGUAGCACUUGUGUAGUAAAAGUUGAUGAUUUUGAAGGUAAUGGUAAGCUGGUUUUUUGAGAGUUUCUAUAUAUGUUUUGAUGCUUGUAGAAAAGCUUUUCUUGGUGGAUGUAGAAAAUGUAUUGGUUUAGAUGGAUGUUUCUUGAAGGGCGUAACCAAGGGACAAUUGUUGGUUGUUGUGGCUAAAGAUGCCAAUAAUCAAAUGUUGCCUAUUGCAUGGAGUGUAGUAGAGUAUGAAAAUAAGAACACAUGGGCAUGGUUUUUGAAAUUGUUGAUAAAGGACUUGGGAUUAAGUGAUGACAGAGAUUACACACUCAUUUCAGAUAUGCAAAAGGGGCUUACAUCAACAGUCAAGCAUCUUUUAUCAGAGGUGGAGCAUAGGAUGUGUGCAAGACACAUUCUUGCUAACUGGGUAAAAGAUUACAGAGGUUUAGAAAGAAAAUCAAUUUUGGAAAUGUGCAAGAAGCACCUUUGAGGCAGAGUUGAAGGCAAAUUUGGCUCAUAUGGCAUUGCUAGGUAAAAAAGAAAUUGUUCCAGAUUUACUUCACUAUGAUGUCAAAACUUAGUGCAAAAUGUACUUUAGGACUGAUGUUAAGUGUGAUAGCAUGGAUAAUAAUAUGGCUGAAAGCUUUAAUUCUUGGAUCUUAGCUCCAAGACAUAAAACUAUUAUCACUAUGCUUGAAGAGAUUAGGGUAAAGGUAAUGAAUAAACU